AUGCAUAGCGGGAUAAAGUAUAUUGGAGGGCACUCGGAUAUGCUUUGCGGAGUGCUCAGCUUCCGUCCUGAUAUCGAGGCAACAGAAAGCUGGAUUGACAAAUCAAGAGGUGAACGUGUUUCCCUUGGCAGCGUUAUGGCAAGUCUUGGGGGCUGGCUAGGCGUGUGGAUAAGGAGCGCUGGAUUCUUGAUAAACAGGCUUCCUACGUCUGCCAAAGAGCUGGGACCCGUCGGAGAAGUAGUAGCCCAAGGCGAAUCUUCGUGGCUGCGGAAACAGAUCCCCCACGGUUAUGAUGGUGUCUUCGCACUCGUGAUAAAAGAUGAAAGGCUUGCCAGGAGACUACCCAUCAGGUUGUAUCUGUUGCAUCAUGCGACCAACCGUGGUGGCGUGGAGAGCCUUAUUAAAUGGCGAGCCUUAUUGGAUCAGAGCAUCGAUUGUUGUUUGCUAAGGAUAAAUGUUGGAGUUGAACACUGA